AUGGACACAACUGAUCAGAACCCAGCGGGGGGGACGGAGACACACAGCCAGCCAACUGUGGCCGAGGACUUCUCUGCCGCGCUGUCAGAUGAGAUGCACCAACAGAUGACAAUUGGUGAGAACCCGUCCGGCAGCGGCAGGAGGCACCGAGUGAGAUCCAGACCCAGGCUGAAGUCCACAAAAAGUUUCCCACCUUACAGCCAGUGUAUAGGGGGACUCGGGGAGGACGGCGAGGGGGACGGUCCAAUCAAUCCAGAUCCCAGCGACGGGACGAGGAAGCACGAGAAUCCAGUCACACGAGGCACGGAGGAAAGAGAGCACUUUGAACUGAGCGCAAAGCGAGCCAGGGAUGAGGCGAAGGCCAAAUGGAGGAUGAGGAGGAAGGAGCGGCUCUGGGGGAGCCACGAGGCGGACACGGACGGUUGGGAGAGGGCGAGGUGGAGCGGAAAGAGAAGCGUAGAAGGGAGUGGAGGGGAGACGGAGUGCGUGCUGUCCCCAAAAAGCAGCUGGAAACACUGGAGGGGGAGGAACUCCGGUUUAGAGGCCCACGGAAAAGAAGAACAGGAUGGAGAGAGGAAGAUGUCUCCCAUGGCAGCGGCAGAGCUUCUGCAGGUCUCCUCCACCUCCUCCUGCUCCUCCGUCAACUUCUCCUCAGCAGAGAGCGAUGAGGUGUUCAGCGAGGGAGAAGAUGUCGGCUCAAAGAGGAUGGCGUUCAGGAAGUGCCGCUCCUGGAAAGCCUACAUGACCAUGAUGCACUGGUCGCUGCGGCGGCAAAGCUCCUGGGUCCAGCUGGCUGGACAUCAAGGUUCCCUUCAGCUCAGUGAGGGAGGGGAGGUGUUGAAACUCUACAGCGAGGUGGAGGCGAAUUGCCUGGACUGCCUGAUGCGGGACCCGCUGAGACCCUUCGUCCCUCAGUACCACGGCUUGGUCACCAAGGGGGAGCUCUGCUACAUCCGCCUGGAGGACCUGCUGAGUGGCCUGAGGAAACCAGUCAUCAUGGACUGCAAGAUGGGAGUCCGUACAUACCAGGAGGAGGAGCUGGUCAAAGCCCGGACUAACGCCACCCCGCGGAGUGAUAUGUACCAGAAGAUGGUGAAAAUAGACCCGUCCGCUCCAUCAGCCGAGGAACAUGAACAAGGAGGCGUGACCAAGUCCCGGUACCUUCAGUGGAAGGACACGACCAGCUCCACGUCCACACUGGGCUUCAGGAUCGAAGGCAUCAUGACCGAGGAUGGAAGUGUCCAACGGGACUUCAGGAAAAUUAUGACUUUGGCUCAGGUCACGGAGGCCCUGCUGUUCUUCACCAGGCGACAGCUGGAGAUCCUGAAGGCCUACCACUCCAGACUGCUGGCCCUGAGCGAUGCACUGAAGAACUCAUUGUUUUUCAGAACCCAUGAGGUGAUUGGCAGCUCGCUCCUCUUCGUCCACGACCACAGCAGCAGGGCCAGCGUGUGGAUGAUAGACUUUGCCAAGACGACUCCGGUGUCGGACGCGAGCCGGCUCAGACACAACAUCCCGUGGGCUGAAGGGAGCAGGGAGGACGGCUACCUCAUCGGUCUGACCUCCCUCAUCACGUCUCUGAGCCAGGCCAUCAGCGUGGCCUCCUGGCAGCAGGAGCACAGCUGUGGGGAGGACGGCAGCGUUGCAUGAGACACGCCAAUACACACAACACUCAAAUUCAGGGGGGGGGGUCACGUGGACAAAACCGAUGGUGGGACACUUUGAACUUUCGACUGACUCGUUCACAAGAAGAGGAGGAUUUCUAUUGACAGGAAUCUGUCUUUGUGUGCUUAGAAUGAGGAGCGAUCGUGGUAUGAAUCAGUUCAAGUCUGCAGGAAACUGACUCUGCAUUUGUACAUCUGGUAUGUACUACAGUGGCCACAGUUCUGAAUAGAAUACUUCCCCUCCACAACCCUCAACCUAUUUAUUUCACAGAGGACCAAAAACAAAAUGUCCUUCAGCUGGUCUGUAAAAUCUCUGGUUAUUAGUUUACAGCCACAAAGGAAACCCUCUUGGGCUUAGCAGCGUCAUGGUUUAUAAAUGAGACCAAGCUGAGUGAAAAGAACAAUGAUUGCUUCUGUCCUUUCGUUCUCUAGAAGUACACGCAACUAACACCCAGAAACCGUCCACCCGUAUGAGUCACCAAUAGGUUACAGAGCUGUAAUCUUCAAACAGAGGCAAUCAAAAGAAUGGGGAAAAAAUUCCACAACCCGGAUCCCUGUCAGUUGAGAGUGACUUAUUGCUCUGAGUGGUAAACGUGCUAAAUAACACAUUGUGUGCAAAAAGAUGGUUUGCUUCGCACUUGAUUUGACCAUUUCUCCAUUGAAGUUGUUAUAACGGUAACUGCUGUGCAUUCAAAAACAAAACUUGUGAAAUGCUGCAUUGUUGCCCCUGACACUUCCAGACAGGUUCCAGACAAAACAAAAUAAAACAAUGGAUUUUCAGAAAAAGAGCUUAUUGU